UGUAUUCCUCAUUUCUUUUUCUUUUUUUAGGGGGCUAGAUAAUUCUGGUCCAAACUCCAACACAGUAGGUGGCGGUCAUGCACCUUAACUGUGGUUCCCACCCGCCGUAAAACCGAAGAAGGAGGCGGAGACGUUUCCUUUCCUCUCUGAACUUGUCUGAAGUGUCAGUAGGACAACACAGACAGACUUUAUUAAAGUUUCUGCCCUGCUGGUCGCCUGCUCCAGACAUGGCCCCCAGCACGCAACUGAAGGAGGCGAUAGCCGAUGUGCAGGAGGGGAUCCGUGCCAUCCUGCUUGGACCACCCGGAGCCGGGAAGGGGACUCAGGCCCCUCGGCUAGCAGAGCAGUACUGUGUUUGCCACCUGGCCACUGGAGACAUGUUGAGGGCGAUGGUGGCUUCAGGCUCGGAGCUCGGCAAGAGGCUCAAGAAGACCAUGGAUGCUGGCAAACUGGUCAGUGACGACAUGGUCGUGGAGCUCAUAGAGAAGAACCUGGACUCGCCGCCCUGCAAGAACGGCUUCCUGUUGGACGGAUUCCCUCGCACAGUCAAACAAGCAGAGAUGCUGGACGACUUGUUGGACAAGAGACACGAGAGCCUGGACUCUGUGAUUGAGUUUGCCGUUGAUGACUCUUUGUUGGUCCGCAGGAUCUGUGGCAGACUAAUUCAUCAGCCAAGUGGCCGCUCCUACCACGAGGAGUUCAACCCUCCCAAAGAGCCAAUGAAGGAUGAUCUGACAGGCGAACCGCUCAUCCGCCGCAGCGACGACAACGAGACGACGCUGCACUCCCGUCUGGAAGCCUACCACCGGCAGACCGUCCCUCUGGUGAAGUACUACAGUGCCAGGGACCUGCACACGUCCGUCAACGCCGCCCUGAGCCCAGACGUCGUCUUCGCCUCCAUCGUAGCUGCCUUCUCUGCUGUCACAGAAGUCCCCGCCCGUGCCGUAGCCUCUGGUUGAAUGCUGAGCAGCUACAUUCCCACCGAGGCGGAAGAUUGGAUUUGGCAAAAGAUCUCGGGUGGGUGGACAGACAAAGGGGGGAGGAGGUUCAGGAAAUGGAGUGAAUCCUUACACUUUAUAGACUUUAUAUAAGUUAAGGUUAAUGUUGCGGCGCUGUGGAGCUCGUCGUUGUCAUAUUCCUCAUGUUUCCUCUUCUAAUAAAUAUCAUGUUUUCCUCCCAAUAUUCACA